AUGGUUCCUGGUAUAAGCUUCAUUACUAUUGUUUCAACUAUAAGCUCUAAUGAUAAAAAAAAAAUCAUUGACUUUCAAUUAAAACUAAAUUUUACUAAUAAAGAGCGGUGGGUAGCUGAAAUAAUAAUUUUUAGUUGGAUCCAGUGUUCUGUUUAUGCGGACUAUAAUCUAACGGAACCCGUCAGGACAACCAAAGGAUUUGUUCAGGGCAAGUUAGUGAACACUGUUGGUAAGAAUGUUCGCUACUCAAGUUUUCUGGGAAUCCCUUAUGCCAAACCGCCACUUGGCUAUCUCAGAUUUAAGCCUCCACAAGAAGCCGAUGCAUGGACAGGAAUCUAUCAGGCAACGGAACAUAAAAAUGAUUGUCCGCAAUUGAGUAUUAUCAAUGGGUCUGUUGUCGGAAAUGAAGACUGUCUUUAUUUAAAUGUUUAUACACCAAAAAUCUGGGACACAAAGUUACGGCCGGUAAUGGUUUGGAUUUACGGAGGAGCUUUUGACAGCGGGUCCAGUAGUCCCGAGUCAUAUGGGCCCGAUUUUUUAAUUGAAGAAAAUGUGGUGGUCGUUGUGAUGAAUUACCGGCUUGGAGCAUUAGGAUUUCUGUCUCUGAACCACAGAAAUGCUAGUGGAAAUGCCGGCUUGAAGGACCAAAACUUUGCGCUUCGAUGGGUUAGACAAAAUAUCAAUAAUUUUGGCGGAGAUCCUAAGAGAGUUACGAUUUUUGGACACAGUGCUGGUUCUGUUUGUACUUUGUACCAUGUGCUUUCUGAAUCAUCAGCUGGAUUAUUUCAAUCGGCGAUAGCUAUGAGCGGAUCUCCUUUGAAUCGCUGGGGGUUCACUCCUCUACCCGAAGCAGUAUCUCGCGGUUUCGCUAUUGGAAGAUACCUCGGAAUAGAUACAACAGACGCGUCAUUCAUGUUGCAAAAAUUUUACACUCUUUCUGCAGAUAAGUUUCUUCUGGCUGUUGCCAACCUCGCAAAUGCAAGUAUUCUCACUUAUAGACGCGUCUAG